UAAGGGCGAAAAUUGAAUAAGAGCCAUAAACCGCCAAAGUACUCCAAAAAAUAAUCAAACAUUUUUUGCUGGCUUCUAUUUAUAAUGGGAAGAGAUAUUUUAAUUGGUUUUGUUGGUAAACCGUCCAGUGGAAAGUCAACAAUGUUGAAUGCAUUGACUGAUGCCACUGCAAAAACAGGAAACUUUACUUUCACGACUAUUGAGCCAAAUCGGGCUAUUGGUUAUGCGCAAGUAAACUGUGCUUGUUCUCGUUUCGGAUUAGUAGAUCAAUGUAGACCUAUUUAUGGCGGCUGUAAAAACGGCAAACGUUCAAUUCCCAUUCAGCUGCUGGAUGUUGCUGGUUUAAUCCCUGGAGCACAUACUGGAAAAGGUUUAGGAAAUAAGUUUUUGGAUGAUCUAAGACAUGCAAAUGCGUUGGUGCAUGUAGUGGAUGUUUCAGGAACAACUGAUGCAGAAGGUAAGGCUUGUCGUGGGUAUGAUCCUUCCGUAGAUAUUGAGUGGCUGUACAACGAAAUGACUGCUUGGAUUGGCACGAACCUCAAGGAAAAAUGGCCAAAUACUCGUCGUCGUCAUAUAGCCUCAAAAGCCAACCCAGUUCAUACCUUACAGUCUCAGUUUUCGGGUUAUGGAAGUAACCCGACUAUUACAGCAAAAGUACUAGAUUCUCUUCAUUUGAAUGCUCCAUUAGAAAGCUGGGAUGAAGCAACAUUAGAUCGUAUUGUCGGCCGUUUUGUUGACAUCAAAUUUCCAACCGUUAUUGCUUUAAACAAAAUUGAUCAUCCUGAUUCAGAUGCUAAUAUUUCAAAAAUUGCAAGACGUGAGGACCCCAAUCGGCUAGUCUUGGCCUCUGCUGUUUCUGAGGUGUUUUUAAGAAGGCUUGCUAAACAAGGUUUUGUAAAUUACGAAGAGGGCUCAGAGUUUGUUGAUACAAUAGAAGAGUUCCCAGAUUCUGGGUUGAAACCCUUGAGUGAGAGUCUUCGUACAAAAAUUACAGACAUUCAAGACAUGGUCUUAUUUCGACAUGGAUCGACUGGUGUAUGUAAUGUAUUGGCUAGAGCCAUUGAAUUAUUAGACUUGGUACCAGUUUAUCCUGUUAAGAAUAUUCAUAACUUUUCCAAUAAUCCUAAUGAUGGUGUCUUUAAGGAUUGUGUUUUGGUAAAACAAGGGACUACUGCUGGGCAAGUGGCUCAAAUAGUUAUAGGAGGUGAGGCCAUGUCUAUUAUUGGAAUGAAUGGAAACGUGGGAGAAUCUGAUCCCAUUAUUGCUGGAAAAAAUGAUAUUUUGAGUUUUAAACUGCGAAAGGAUACUUAAGGGUACCGUUAUGUUUAGAGAAAAGAAACGGAAUGAACGACUUUAUAUUAUUCUUUCUCAAAGAUUGAAAUGUCACUGUAUCUAAGAGUGGAUAGAAGAAGUUGAAAGAAAAAAACAAUGUAGUGAUAUUGGAAUUAAAAAAAGCAAGUAGGAGCUUUUACGAAUCAAUAUAUAUA